CUCAAACAGAUAGAUAAGGAAAAAAAAAAAAAAAAAAAGCAUAUCAUGCCUAUCCCAAUUUGUGCAGGAGUCCUUUCGACAAAUGCUAAGCCCGAAAUUGUUCGUCCGACGGCAAAUUUCCCACCAAGCAUUUGGGGAGAUCGGUUCAUCAACUAUGAUUCCCAAGACAUUACAACUCAUGCCCGUAAGAAACAAGAAAUCGACGAGCUGAAAGAAGUAGUGAGGAGUGAAGUAUUCAAAAUUAUGGCAAGUGAUUUUUCACAUCAGCUGAAGUUGAUCGAUGCAAUCCAACGCCUUGGCGUGGCGUACCAUUUCGCAAGUGAAAUCGAAGAAACACUGGAACGUAUGCAUGGCACGUUUAAUGACCAUGAAGAUGUUGGUGGUGAUCUUCACAUUGUUGCUCUUGGUUUUCGGCUACUAAGACAACACGGAUAUAAUGUUUCAUGUGAUAUAUUCAACAAGUUCAAAGAUGCAAAUGGCAAAUUCAUGGAAUGCUUAACUGCCGACAUUCCGGGCAUGCUAAGCCUUUAUGAAGCAGCACAUCUAGGGGUCCGGGGUGAAGAUAUACUUGAUGAGGCUCUUGUUUUCACCACCACUCACCUUGAGUCAGCUUCAACAACCAAUGUAAGCUAUCAGCUGGCAGAACAAACAACUCAAGCCUUAGAGCGACCUUUGCAAAAGGAUCUAGAGAGGGUAUGUGCCAGGCGUCACAUGUCAAUCUACCAAGAUGAAGCUGCACAUAACGAAGCUCUACUGAAACUUGCAAAGUUAGAUUUCAAUCUGGUUCAAUCUUUACACAAAAAGGAGCUUAGUGAGAUUACUAGGUGGUGGAAAGAACUAGACUUUGAAAAGAAGCUGCCUUUUGCAAGAGAUAGGAUUGUGGAGUUGUACCUUUGGAUAGUGGGAGUAUAUUUUGAACCCCAAUACGAUAGAGCAAGAAAGUUUCUUACAAAAAUUAUUGCCCUGGUAUCAGUGAUGGAUGAUAUCUACGACGCAUAUGCUACAUUCAAAGAACUCGAGAUCUUUACCGGGGCAAUUGAGAGGUGGGAUAUGAAUUGCUUGGAUGAACUCCCGGACUAUAUGCAAAUAUUUUAUCAUACACUUUUGAGUGUUAUCAAUGAAAUUGAGGAAGAGAUGGUCAAGGAAGGAAGAUCAUACCGAGUUUACUAUACAAAGGAAUCCGUAUGUAUACCAACAUGCACAUAUAUAGCUUUCAACGCUUACUUUUAAUUAAACAUAUAUGAUCAGAAAUUCUCUA